GCCAUCUUUGGCGAGAAAUACGGCGAGACACUGUCUCCGAAAAUUUAGUGUCUAAUCCGUAAUUACACAGAAAUAUUUUAACAAUAAGUAGUAAUUGUUUAAGACAACCCAGCCAUGGCGACUGAAGGGGGUGGCAAGAUUAAACCUAAACGCAGCCACUCGACUUCAAAGCCAUACGAAAGACGAAAGUCGCUCCUGGGUAAGGUGACGGAUACUGUGAAAGAUUUGCUUGCUCCAUCAUGGUUGACAGAUUUUGUAUCCACUGUUUCCAAGAAGACUCCUCCCAAAGACAAGAAGGAUGCUCUCAUAGAAGAAGAGGAAGAUGUGUUUAUGAGCCCUGCUCAGUCACCAUCACAGUUGAACAAUGUGAAGAAACCUCCUCGCAUGCAGCACCAGGACUGUGACAGGCGCAAUGCAGUGCUUGCACCCCGGUCUGCAGCGGCCACAGUUGCCGCUCCCCUGGACCCUGCCGUCCCGUCAACAUCCCUGGCGCCACCUCAGCCAUCAUUCAGCUCAUCACAUCUGCCUUUCUCCAAGUUUACCCAGCAAAAAUCCAGAAUCCCAAAUGAUGACACUAUGUCUGAACGAAGUGAUGUGUCUCGAUCGACGAGCGGGUGUUCCUCCAUGAUCCCCCACCCAGACAAGCAGGCCUACCAGAGGGAAAUACUGCAGCUGAAUGAUUCUGCUCUAGACAUGUUGAAAACAGACUUUCAAACAGCUGAAGUUUUUCAGCCACAAAAAGGUGGUCGUGCUGCACAGAAAGAUAUUUCAGCACAGAAGCCUCAGCCUAUAGCCCCUAAGAUGUUUGACACAUUUGUAAAUCCACCAAAGACAUGGACUGCAGAGGCGUCGCGUCAAGGGCGUCCCCUGGCCCCAGCUGUGCGGGAGAAACCCGGCUUCAACUCUUCACUGUUCGGGUCCCCUGUUCUGAACCAGUCCUCGUCCAUAUUGGGUGAAAGUUUUGGGGAGUCAUCCUUCUAUUCUGGCAGGACGACGUAUGGAGGUGCAUCUGCUUACAGAAAACUUAACUCUACAGCUCCCUACCAGACUGCACUGCCAAUUCGUAAACAACUGAAACCGAAGCCUCUCAACAGCAGUUUUAAUGCAGUGACCAGUUCCACGGCCAGACGGAUCCUGGAGACACUGGAGCGGAUGUCUACACCCCUCACAGAUGCAAAAAAGAUCCCUGCUAGUGAAUCUUUCCUGACUGAUUCUGUGUUGUCAUUCACGCCUGGCAGUUACAGAAGGCGAACCUCACGUCCACUCACUGGUGUUGGAGCAACCAGGAGGUCACUCGAUGUUCCGAAGGGCCCCCCUACAAGUCAGCUGAAGACUCCUUCCAUCGCGUCUAUAUCCAAGAAUCGCCAGAAGCUCCUAUCCUCCACACCGACAUCGUCACGGAUACCGGAACCCAAGAGAAAGAACCGCGACCAGGACAGUGGUGAAGAAGACGAGGACAGCAGUCAUGAAGAUGAGCCAGUUGUGAUAGAUGACCGACCUGGAGGCGGAGGGGGGAAAGGGGGCAAGAUGAUGCGGGAAAAGAGUUAUCGUUCCUCCGCGAGACGGAGAGCAGGAGAAGACGAGGAGGAAGAGGUGGAGCCUCCUCCUCCCCUCAAGACAGACUUCACUCUGCCUGUGAUGAGUAUGCCUGCAUUCAACUUCAAGCCUACACCAGGCAUGUCGAAGAAAGGGAAAACUGUGUCCCUACCUAGCGAGGACAAGGCUGCCAGCCUUAAGUUCACAUUCUCAACCCCGAUACAGAAGAGUGGGCCUUCCGCAGUGACGAGUUCUGAAAGGGCAGAGGGCUUCACCUUUAGUUCCCCCCUCAAGGUCACUGACAAAGAGUCCUUGCCUAAGUCAUCUACAUUCACAGCCAUUGGUGAUAGUCAACCAGCUUUUAAACCAUUAAUGAAUUCCUCGGUUACUGCACCUGUCUGCAAGCUGGGAAAUGGAGGUAUUGGGAUGAACAUGAAGACAGCAAUGAGCAGUGGACAGGCUUUUAAGCCUGCUGCAGGUCUGAAGAAGGGGAGUGUGAUGGACGUGUUGGGCGGAGGUGCCUUCAAGCCCUCCAGUGACCUGAAACAAGGGAGUGUGAUGGAUGUUCUUGGGAAAGAUAGUACCAAGUCUGCUGGAGAAGCAAGCCAGUUGAAGUCUGGCAGUGUUAUGGACAUUCUAGGGAAAACUUCCAAUGAUACAAGUUCACCGUCAGGGUUUAAGCCUGCAUUGAACCUGAAGCAAGGGAGUGUCAUGGACAUCCUAGGCAAGAAGGGAGGUGAGACUCCGCCUUCAAGUAGUCCUAUGACCAAGUUCUGUAAAAAGCCAGGGGAAUGGGAUUGCGACACCUGUCUUGUACAGAAUAAACCUGAGGCAACUAAAUGUGUUGCCUGUGGGACGUCCAAGCCAGGGUCGGGUCCGAAACCCCCUCCUCCGUCAGGGACUGGAUCUCUGAGUUCCGGUCAGCCAAGUCUGUCCUCCAUGUUCAAGUCGUCCGCAGGAAGUUGGGACUGUGACAUGUGCAUGAUUCAGAACAAGCCAGAAGACACCAAAUGUGUGGCCUGUAAAACUCCCAAACCUGGAGCCAAGACAUCAGGCACUGGAUCUCUGAGUUCCGGUCAGCCAAGUCUGGCCUCCAUGUUCAAGUCGUCCGCAGGAAGUUGGGACUGUGACAUGUGCAUGAUACAGAACAAGCCAGAAGACACUAAGUGUGUGGCCUGUAAAACUCCCAAACCUGGAGCCAAGACAUCAGGGACUGGAUCUCUGAGUUCCGGUCAGCCAAGUCUGUCCUCCAUGUUCAAGUCCUCCGCAGGAAGUUGGGACUGUGACAUGUGCAUGAUUCAGAACAAGCCAGAAGACACCAAGUGUGUGGCCUGUAAAACUCCCAAACCUGGAGCCAAGACAUCAGGGACACCGGAGACGAAGACAAACAGUACAAUCGGUGCAUCUGGAUUCCAAAUCAGUGGAUCUAUGUUCGGCAGUGGAACAGCUUCUAGUGGAGGAGGGUUUGGUGGUUUUGGAAAGUCAGCCUUAUCCACUGGAGGCUUCAGCAUGGGAUCUACAGAUUCAAAGAAUGCUGGCUUGGAAGGUGGAUUUAAGAUUGGUUCUGGUUUUAGUUUUGGACAGCCUUCCACUAAGGGGAGUGACUCAAAAUCUGCAUCUAGUGACAAUGAAGCAAAAGAUGGAAGUUCUAGUAAAGGUGAUUCUAAUAGUGUAUCAAAUGUACUUAGCUCUCAAAAGACUUCUAGUAUAUCUGGUGGCUUUCAAUUUGGAACUCUCGAUAAGAAGCCAGUUCAAGAAUCGGAAGGCAUUGUGAACAGUUUCAAAGCCAGCACAGAGACCCAAGUGUCGGAAUCUAAAUCGUCUGGGUUUGGAUUUGGUGGGUCUGCUUCUGAGGCCAGUAAAACAAGUACUACUAGUGAACCUAGUGGAACGGACUCGUCCAAUGGGAAAUUAGCCUUUGGACAAAAAUCAGACUCUACUGCAGAGAAAAAGAGUGACAAUAUAUUUGGUUCUGGCAAUUCUCUGAGCAGUGCCACAGGUUUUAGUUUUGGUCAGAGUGGUGCCACAUCAAUUGCUUCACCUGGAGGAUUCUCAUUUGGAGCAACGGCAGCCACGACAACUGCUACAGCUAACACAACAUCUACAGGCAUUAUGUCCAGUGGGUUUUCCUUCGGACAAGACAAGACCGACAGUAAGGCUGUGUUUGGCACCAUGCCAGCUACCACUACGGAAGCCAGCAAGCCUGUUGCUGCAACCAACAACUCCCUGUUCGCAUUCGGUCAACCAGUCGCCGGCGGCAACACAGACAACAACAAACCUCUGGGAGUGGGUGGGGGAUUCCCCUUCACUGCCAACACAGACACAUCAACAGCAGCAGCUGCCCCGAAGCGAGGACGGGAUGAGGAGUCAGGAGCACCUGCAGCCAAGAAGUCCUUCUCGUUCGGGCAGUCCACAAACUCUACCUCAACAGGUGGCUUCAACUUUGGUGCAUCGGCAUCUGUGACAUCUGCAAGUGGCGUCUUCAACUUUGGUGUCAACUCCACCAGCAGCGCAUCGACUGCGGCAGGGACGACGACUUCAACCCCAUCAUUCUCAUUCGGAGCUGCCCAGCCAGCACCUACUGCAAGCACACCUUUCCAGUUCUCCGCUCAAACAGCAUCCUCCGGAACCAACUCAGUAUUCCAGUUCGGGAACAGCUCCGCUGGAUCACAGACAGGGUUUGCAUUCGGUUCCUCCGCCCCAGCAACAACUACGGCACCGUUUGGCACCACCAACACCCUUCCUCAGCCAGCGUUCGGCAACACCGCCAACAGCACCCCUCAGACCGGAGCCCAGGGCGGGGGGAUGUUCAGCAACUCCACGUCGGUGUUUGGAGCCAACAACAGUGCCACACCAGUGCCUGCGUUUGGAGCUGCAGAUCAGAAUGCCAACUCAGGAGGCUUCUCAUUCAAGAUGGCAGGCCCAAACAACCAAAGUUCCAGCACUCUCAACUCUCAACCCAGCUUCAACUUCGGGGGAGCAGGAAGUGGAGGAGUGUUCCAGUUCACCGCUAAAGGGAAUGAGACUUCAGCCGGUGCACCAGCCCAGGGAUCCACGUCAUCAGGGUUUUCCUUCGGUAGUACCCAGCAGCCCCAGCCGGCAGCCCCUGCCCCAACCUUCAACUCCACCAACGCCAUGAGCUUCACAGGCGGCAACACUCCCAGCUUCACCAUCGGGAGCACUCCAGAUACGGGGAGAAAAAUCAAACGUGCAGUACGGAAAAUCAGGAAAUAAAAUGGACAUGGCUGUACAAUUUCACAUUUAUUGUAAGCACUUUCCAAGCUUAUGAGGAAAUGAGUGGAUUAGCGUCUGAAGGAUCAGCCAAAUAAAAAAACCAUGUCAAGACAUUGACACCCGAAAAAUAGGCAUUACCUCUCCUUGGAAAGGAAGAGAGGGAGGGUGGAAUUAAUCAUUCACACGACUUGUGUGUCCGGAAACCUUCCGGGACAGGGAAGAAAUUCAAUAAUGAAGAUUGAUCAAGUGAACAGAAUGAAUGUUGGAGGUACAAAAGAUCGUCAUGAAGAUACAUUCAAGAUGGAGAGUAUUAUUGUUUGUUUUUCACUAUUUAUUUGGACCAUGCAGAAUCUUGGAGAAGACCACUUGCAUAAUGCAGAUCUUGUUGUAUCUAUACCCAAAACGUGUCUACCAUGGAGAAAACUUGAAAACAUUGGGGCAUUAUCAGGCAAUUAAUUGUCUCCUUUUUAUGUACAAACACAUUAAGUUGACUCGCUGCAAAUUUCCAUGUGUUAAAUCAUGUUGGCUUUGAGACAGUGGAGACAGCAGUGGCUUGCCUUUCAUGUGUACUCUUCAGGACAUUGAUAAUCCAUAAACAAAUGCCCCAGAUUCAAUUAGACGGUUUAUAAUGCCUGGAAACUCUGCUAAAAGGUCUUUCACCCAUCAGGUUAUUUAAUUAUCUUGGCAUUGAUGGGGUAGGAGCCGUGGCAUCAAGAGCUUCAGCAUUGAAAAAGAAGAGGACUUCGAGCCAUGUCAAUGUGCAAUUUUGCCUUCAUUUUGAGUAGCCAGUUCACACACUUUUUGAUCCUGAAAUGAACUCGUAUUAAUCUGGUCAGUGAUUCAAGGUAGUUUGUUGUUGAAAAGCCAUUUGACAUGAUCAUCUGUGUCAGAUUUGGAAUUAUUUGUGAAUCAACAAAACUUUUGACCUGGCCCAGUGCCUUUUUGAAAGAGAAUAGUGAGAGACAGAAGUCGCGGAGAGAUGAACCAUUCGUUUUCUGAUGUAUUACUGCAGUUUUACCCCUAUCACAGGUGUGAAUUGUGUAUCGUGUAUGUGGUUGUCCUGUAUUGUGUCUCUUUGGAACUUAAAGAACAUGAGGUUUGAUCCAUUGAUUCCAUAAAUAAAGAGUCUUCCGGUUAUGUAAAUUUGAAAAAAAGUGGUCCGAAAUCAUCAGGAAUGAUUGUCAUUUGAUGGAUGAUUUCCCGAUGCGGUUUUAUCCCAGAAACACUGCUGAUGGUUUGGUUGAGUUGCAAGCAGUGUAGUCAUUGGUCAGUUUGACCAAGCUUCAUCAAGAUGGGUUUACUGUUCCAUAUCUAUGUAGAUCAAGGGAAACCAAGGUUGUUUGGUGAUCACAAUGUUAGUGCCAUAUCAGGUUGUCAGACCGUUUUGCCAGAGUGAAGAAUUGGGAGGUAUAACACGUUAGUCAUUUGACACUUUGAUUUUAUACAAGUAACAAAAUGUUUCAGAGAUGAAAAAAAAAGAACAAAGGCAUUUUCAUAACUAAGCUUAGGUUUCUCAGGGUUUUUUUUAGCUUUUGGCAAGUAAUUCACUCAUCGAAUGUUUUGAUUUAAGUUUAAUAAUAUUGUCACAGGAUAAUAAAAAAAUCAGGAAAUGGUUUGAAAAUAGGGCUGUUAUUUUUGAAUACCUUGACUGUGUCUUGGUGCCUUGCCAAUGAUUAUGUCCAUUGCUAGGAUGUAACAGUGUUUAACAAAGUACUUAUAAAAUAACAUGGUGUAGUCUGCUGUAUGGUGAUAAUGCAGAUUUGGACACAUGCUCUUUUAUUGUAUUCUUGGGAUCAUCUAAAAUGCCAAGUUGAAAAUCUAACAAUCUUUUAAAGUGUUGACAGAUGUGAAGAAUUGAUACUGUAUUUGUCCACAGAGAUGGUAUCGUGGUAUUGCCCAGCAUCACAGCACAUCAUUCCUAUCACUGGAUUGUCUGGUCCAGACUCGGUUGUUUACAGACCGCCGUCAAAUAGCUAGAAUAUUGCGGAGUGCGGCGUUGAACAACAAUCAAUAAUCCAAUGUUGAUGAGGUCCUGUACACACUCGUCACUCCUGAACGUUUUGGUGGACUGGUGAAGGGACAAAUAUAUGUCAUUAAAUUACUGUUAAAUAUCAAUGUUUGUCAAAAGGGUUCUAUUUGUAAUGGGUGUUUAUUAUCAGAAAUGGGCAAGCACAUCAAGUAAUAUAUGUUAAAAUUUCAUUUGGGGUAUACACUGAAGAAGUAAUACAAGAUCGUGUUUAAUGAAUGAUCUUUUUUUUUGUAAGAUAUCGGUGAUGCUGGGAGGCUGUGGGGAAGAUGUGGUGAUGAUCAUUGAGUUAGUGUUAUUGGUGUGUCUUUGUAUGUGUAUGAGGUGCACAAAUGUUAAACAUUGUUAUGUGUUAUGUCGUGGUAGUGAGCUUGACCCUCCAUAUAGCCCUCCAAGCCCUGUUAAUUACUAAAGUGUUAUUAUUGGGUGCUACUCUCAUCAAGUAAGCAGUGUGGAGAUAGGGUUGUAUAUCGGUUGUUAUCACUCCUUUCUCUCGUAUCAGACAGGGUAUGUAUUCAUAGUGUUGGAACAAACAAGAUUCUAUUUUUGUAUUGGUUUGGAGGUUUUGAGCUGAUUGUCCUUUUACACAUUUGAUUAGAAGAUAUACAUCAGUGUUCUGUCUACCCACUCUAUGGAUACACUUUGGGCAUUCAGCAUCCGAAUCUAGUUAUUAGAUAUGUUCCAAUAUGCAAUUGUUUGGUUUGUCUCCAAGACUGCCAUAAGACAGAACAGUCAUUUGAGAAGAUCAAUAGAGUUGGAAGACGGCAAGAACCGUUUGGUUGGAUUCUCUAAAUUAGCAUUUCUUUCAUGCAAAGCGUAGAUAUUAAUAUAUGUAACUAGAUAUUAGUUUGGUGUAGCUCUGAACUUAACACUUUAUCAUUGGACCAUAUCUCUGAAAGAAACCUUUAAUGGAACAUUUGGGUAAAGAUUCAGAGAAAUCUGGCAAGCAGCAGGAAAUGAUGGUAUCUUCAGAGUUUGUCCAAACCGUUGGUUCCGUUCCAGGAUGUAAUUCUCAGGUCCUAGGUCUGGUAAUGUAGAUCAAAAUGGACUGUAUUGACAGGAUCUCUCGGGGCUUGUUUAUUGUAAAGCUGUAGAUUUUAUUCCUCAGGUUUGCCUGAGCAGAGGUGUUGCUGGAGAUGCCUCGAGACCCUUCUCAGUGCAUUAGGAAGACUUACUUGAUGAUAAGAGCACUACCAAAUUCUAGUCCUGUCGGUCACUGGCAGCCAGUGAGGGUCCAGGUCAUUACACAUCUACAAUAUUUUGUACAUCUUGUAAAUUUCAAAUUUUUAUUAUCGAUUGAACUUGGGAGCAUGAAGACUAUUUCAGGUGAAUGAAUAUCUUGUUUGUUAUUUGGAAGUGUACAUUUUCCAUGCAGGAAUGAAGUGUUUUAUAAAAGAAGUUUCACAAAAAGUCCAUUAAUAUUAACCUCAAUCUGAUUGUGAUCAUGGUCUCAAAUUGUCCACUUGGGAUGAUACUGUACAUAGAAAUUUCUGUUGUAUGUCCACACUCAGUUUGCUUCUCAUUGUAUAUACUCCAUAGUAAAGCUCCUAUGAUUUGGUAAGCUUUCAUUGAAUUUCGUAAGCAGGUGCUCAACAAGAUUGUAAUUCACAAUUUUUCCAUUUUCAUUGAUCAUACGAUAUUGUACAGUGUAGUUCAACUUGUAUGAAGGGCUUGCACCAGGCCAUCUAUCACCAAUGAGUAAGGCAGGGAAUUAGACAAGGGUUGAUGACUCACCGAAUUGUUUUGUUAGUACUUUUCAUUCCAUAUUUUGCCACGUAUGACAAUCCAAUGUGCCAAAUAAUCUGAAUUUAGAUUAUUUUAUCUUCAGAACCAAAAAACAAAUUCAGUUGCAUCAAUAUUUCAGUAUGCAUGUGUUUGAUGUAAACAAAAUGUACAUAGAUAUACUGCCAUAUUAAGGAAGAGAUACUGGGAAAUACUAUUCGUAACUGAAUAAUUUGAUUGGUAUUAUACUUACUACAGCGUGUUAAUGGCUCCUACUGCAUGAUAUAUCAGUUUAAUCAAUAUCGCCAAUAAGUUUGCACAUUUAAGAAAAGCUACAUUUUUAUACAAAUAUGUUUCUAUGUCAAACAUUUCUGUUUUAUCCCAGUGUACUUCUAGCCAAUAAUUCUUGUCACUUAAUGAUACAAGCCUGGUUCGAGUUCUCUGCCAAUUUGUGAUGUCUUUGCUUUUGUUGGUGUAAAUAUAAGAAAAUCGAAGGACAACUAUCAAACAGAGACUGAACAAACUGUGAUACCGUUUUUUUUUCUGUUUAAUUUUUUUUUGUGGCUCACAAUGCUAGCAGUCUCGGCAGAAUUUCACAGACUCGAAGCCCUCGUGUAUUAAGCUGGGCAAGGAGUAGAAUCGUGUGGCUACAUUAGCCAUAUACAUAGGGAAAUUCAUUGGGAGAAGACCUGUUUCUCCUCGAAAAAUCAAAUGUAAAUUUGUUAUACAUAAAUUGUUGACUUUGGGCAAGAUAGGAGUGUGAAAGGAUGACUUUGAAAUUUGCGAGAGAAAGAGAUUGUUUCUGAAAAAUAUUCUAUUUGUGAGAAAGUUGAACAUUGAACGAAAAGUGCUGUGAAAUUCUGCAUUUGUAAAUAUCUCCAUAACGGUGAAUGGUGUAUGAGUUAAUUUGGUAUAUGCAUUUGUCACGCGGAAAUAAAUCUUGAGUUGACCCCUUGAAAA